AUGAACGAGCGUGAAGUUGCGGACGGGACCUUGGCAGCUGAAGAAAGGGAUGCACUGGUCAUCGUGUGUCGUGUCGACUCGAGGAUCAACUUGGCCUCCGCGAAACAGAGUGGCGUGCCGUACAUCUGCUUGCCCGUAUACACUUUUGACAGGUUCUGGCUCGUUACGCAUAAGCUAUGGCUACCAUUCAUUGGUUUGCUGCCAAAGGCUUGGACCGAAUCCUGGAUCGUAUACCUCUCGCCAGAGUACAUCUGGACGAAAAAGUACGAUCUCUACAAGGAUCUGGACACUGAUGUUGUCAUCCUCGUCGCUCCCGGAGCAAACACAAUGAUUGUAGCAGACCCGGAAGCCAAUACUCAAAUCACUACUCGACGCAAUGACUUUCCCAAGCCGAUCUGGUUGUACACUUCGCUCGACCUCUUCGGCAAAAACGUCGUGUCGACCGAAGGUGCGAAUUGGCGUCACCAUCGCAAGAUCACUAGUCCGCCAUUCAGCGAGAAGAACAAUGUUCUCGUGUGGAAGGAGUCUCUCACUCAGGCUGAGUGUAUGAUGACGGAGUGGGUAGGUACAGGCUCUGAUGAGAGUAAGUCCGUGUGGAGCGUCGCUUCCGAAACGAUGCGACUUUCUCUGCACAUCAUCAGCCGAGCGGGAUUCGGAGUGCGUCUUCACUGGCCGCAUGAGAAUAGGGACGACUCGAUUCCGGAAGGUCACACUAUGACCUACAAGGGCGCUUUGGAGACUCUACUCCAUCGAAUUCUUACUGUCAUUUUGACUCCGAGAUGGAUGCUCGCCAACUCUCCACUGGAAAUUCAUAAGCUCGCGUACCGAGGAUUGACCGAGUGGGGACAGUACAUGCGCGAGAUGUAUACCCAGAAGCGUGAAGAGGUCGAACAGGGCGGUGGCGACAGAGAAGGCAUGGACUUGAUGGGCGCUCUGGUCGAAGGCGCAGGUAUCAGCAGCUCGUCCAAGAAGUCCCAACAACUCCUCACCGACGACGAGAUCCUUGGAAACGCCUUCGUCUUCAUACUCGCCGGCCACGAGACCGCGGCCAAUACACUCCACUUCUCGAUCCUUUUCCUCGCUAUGAAAAUGGCCUCCCAGCGCCACCUCCAAAAAGAUCUCGACGACCUCUUUGGCGACCGUCCAGCUUCCGAAUGGAGCUACGAUGAAGACCUACCCAAACUGUUCGGCAACAUGUGCGGCGCCGUCAUGAAUGAGCAACUCCGUCUCAUCCCUCCCGUCACCGGUAUCCCCAAAUUUGUCGACACAAAAGGUCCACAAGGUCUGCGUGUAGGAGACAAACACGUCACUGUCCCAGCAGGCUGUUACGUCACCCUCAACACCAUUGCCGUCCACCGCAACCCGAAGUACUGGCCGCACACUUCGGAGCAAGAUCUGCUGGAAUUCCGCCCGGAACGCUGGCUCCUCGACCCUUCGAAGACCGCAUCCUCAAACCAUGCCGACGACGAGGGCUACCAAGUCGAAGAAGGCAUGGAAUUUGACCAGACCGACAAACGCCCCGACACGGCUCCCACGCUCUUCCGCCCUGCCAAAGGCGCCUACAUACCCUUCUCGGACGGGUACCGCUCAUGCCUGGGUCGCCGAUUUGCACAAGUCGAAAUUCUGGCCGUUCUCGCCGUGAUCUUCAAGACCUGGACGGUGGAGCUGGAUGUCAGUGCGUACAUGAGUGAUGCGGAGUUGAAGACCGCCAGCGAGGAGAAGAAGAAGGCGGCUUGGGCGAAGGCGGAUAAGAAGGCGAGGCAGUUAUUGAAUGAUCAUAUGGGCACCAUCAUCACCAUUCAGAUCAGAGGGGAUAAAGUGCCGUUCAAGUUUGUGAAGAGAGGCAAGGAGAAUUUCAAGUGGACUAUCACGACCCUCGCGGCCAUUCCGAGCAUUCAGAUCUGUUCAGAACGCUCGACCUUCGGAAGCCCAACAUGCAAUUCAUCCUCCUCUGUCGCCGCUUUCGCCGGCCAAGCCCUCGCACGUACCUGCUCGAACAACAACUCUCCAAACGUGGACUGCGCCUGUUCAGAUAUCGACGACAACGGAAUCGUCACCCACUCCGGUAAAUGUGCGGCCACCGGUGAUACUUGUAACGCCUCAUAA